ACUAAAGACUUUGUCCUUACAUCACACAGGAAUGCCCUCAAGUCCAUUCCAAGAGUUCAUGGUAGUCAUGAUGCGGUUUAGGCUUCACCUGCUUAUGGAAGACUUUGCAUAUCGUUCUCAGCCUACUGUCACUAGAAUUAUUACAAAAUGGCUUGCGGUAAUGUCACUACGUCACAAGAGUCUUAUCAUCUGGCCAGAGAGGGAGAUCCUCGGAAAAACAAUGCCAGAAUGCUUCUUGAGGGCAUUCGGCAAAUCAGUCACAAUCAUCAUUGAUUGUUUUGAAUUGUUUAUUGAGACGCCAUCAGAUUUGCUCGCAAAGUGUGGGACUUGGUCAAGUUACAAGAACCACAAUACGGUCCUCAUAGGCAUCAUUCCACAAGGCACAACCAGGCAGACGGCCCAUGUACGAGUUCAUGUUGAACGAGUCAUUGGGCUUGUAAGAAGAAAAUACUGAAUCCUCAGCCAGAAAAUGCCUUUGGACUCACUUAAAAUUGAAGAAAGACAAGCCUGCGCACCCGUUGAUCAAAUAGUUGUUGUCUGCUGUGCUCUCUCGAAUUUGUGCCCACCCAUCAUCCCCAUGUUUGAGAAGGAAGAGCGCCACUGGCAGUAGUUGAAGUUAGUACCCUAGUUCAAUUUCCCUUACAUUUAUUUCCUUUCUUUCUUGUAUGGUUCCCAAAAAUUUUACCUAGAAUCUGAAAUAAAAAAAGUAAGGAAGUUUAAAAGAGAAAAGUUGAGGACCUGUUUCUGUGAGCCAAGCCUUUGGCAAAAUAAGCAGUCAUGAAGCAUAAUUUACCAUCACUCAUAAAAAUAUACUUAAUUUGUGAAAUUUGAACCAAACCAACACUGAUAAACCAAGUGUUCAACUGCUCAACACUUGUAAGUGUGCAACCGCAAGUUCAAUACUUGCAAGUGU